UGGUACAGGUUUCAUAUGGGGCCUCCAGGGUGAGCUUUUCUGGGUCCAGAACAUAAGUGCAGUUCAGCAUUUCAAGACCAAGGGGAUCUACAGAAGCAAGAGCAAUUUAGACAGGAGAUGGCCAAGAAGUACAUUUCAGUGACGUUGAGUCAACCAGAGGUACAUAGCCAAGACUGCCAAUCCAUUUCUAAGGCACCCUAGGUGCAAUCUGUUCGAGAGAUGCUUAAGAGCACUUCCCUCACCCAAGAGACCUACCUGGGAAGGCAGGAUCCACCAACUGAUGAACACGUAUUGAGUUCACCGAAGUCAAAAGGGCGAAGAAUAGAGGAAAUGACCUGUAGGUGCUGGAGGGCAUGGGGGAGAGAGUUAAAGAGGGACGAACUUCAGCAGACAAGGACAUUAUGUCCUCUCCCUUCUGCCCCCAGUUACCUCCAGUCUGCACUGAACCAGCUUGAGGGUCUCCCACUGUCUCCUCUCUGCCUGUACGCCAUGACCGAAGACACCACCAAAUCAGCCAGGCAGAGGGGUGUGCUGCUCUGUGCUUUUAUAGCAGGAAGCAGGCCAUGAUCCCACCCUCUCCCCACUGGAGACACCUGAAUCUUCUCCAGCCCUCCCAGCUGAGAGGAGGGGACUUGGGAAGGGAGAGCCUUUCUGGAAGGCCUGAAAUAAGUGGAGUUCUGCGCUUUCUGACACUUGCCUUGCUGUUCCACCAGCUGCUCUGCGGGCCAGCCAUGAAACCAGAGUUCCCUGAAACUGGCUUCAGGUGAAUGAAUUGGUGCUUUUUUUCUGUAACACUGAGAAAAAUUAGGAUCUUUUGGACAAAAUCUUUACAGCUCAAAUGCACAGUGAAAGAAUGUGGUGGGAUUUUUUUGAGGAAAGAAUGUCUCUUAUUCACGCUAUCUUUAAGUAAACCUUUCCUUUAAGUUACUCCUGGUCUCCUGGCUAUUGUGGACACCAUCCUGGCAAUGUGCAUGAAGAAGUACCUUUGAAAAAAAUGGAUGAAGCAUUAUUUUCCCCCAAGUAUAGAUUUUAAGCUUACUUCAAAAAAUGUCGACAAUUACAGAAGGAUAUGGAGAAAAGGAAAAAGUCAUCCACAUUUUACCACUGCUAAUACUUAGGUGGAAGUUUAAGUUAAGGAUUUGAGAUCUUCUUUUCUAACACAGGCAUUAAAAACUGCAAAUUUCCCACAUGACCAAUAUUACAUUCAGGACUUGUUAAAGGACAGAAAAAAAAAACAGUGCCUCAAAACAUUCAAGAUGAACACAGCAGUCCUCGGUAUUCAAUGUCAUGGCAAUUCCAGAAAGAAAAGGUCUAAGUUCAGUGCUGUGAACCUUUCUGGCUGCCUUCCAUGGAGGGAGGUUGGAAUGAGCUUUGCCCUGGGCUGACACUCUUCCUUGUGACUUAUUAACAAGCUUCGUGGGAAGGCUGCUUCACUGACAUCCUGCUCUGCCUGGAGAGUGAUAUUUGACAAAGCUUUGCUGAGCAGAAAAAAUGUCCACUCGCUACCACCAAGCUGCUAGUGAUAGCUACCUGGAACUUCUGAAAGAGGCUACCAAGAGAGAUCUGAAUCUUUCUGAUGAAGAUGGCAUGACUCCCACACUCCUGGCAGCCUACCAUGGGAACCUGGAAGCCCUAGAAAUAAUCUGCAGCAGAGGAGGGGAUCCUGAUAGAUGUGACAUCUGGGGAAAUACUCCUUUACAUUAUGCAGCCUCCAAUGGUCAUGCCCACUGUGUCUCAUUCCUGAUCAACUUUGGAGCCAACAUCUUUGCCCUGGACAACGAUUUACAGUCUCCACUGGACGCUGCUGCCAGCAGAGAGCAGAAUGAAUGUGUUGGUCUCUUGGAUAAUGCUGCCACUGCCCAGAACAUCAUGAACCCCAAGAAGGUCACCAGGCUGAAGGAGCAGGCUCAGAAGAAUGCCAGGAGGCAGAUCAAAGAGUGUGAGAGGCUCCAGGAGAAGCACCAAAAUAAGAUGGCCCGCACCUACAACAAGGAGGAAUCUGGGACUCUUUCUUCUUCCAAGGGCACUUUCUCCAGGUCAUCCCUUUCAAAUGUUUCUGCUUCUAACACAUUUGGGUCACUGUCUAAGGGCAUUAAAGACACCUUUAAAUUAAAGUUCAAGAAGAACAAAGAUACAGCAGAGCCGUUAGGGAAGGAGAGAACAAGUGGGCCGAAGAAUGUGAUGGAAGUGUUCAGAGAGGAGGACGAAGACCCCUUCUCAGGGGACUUCAAAGAGAAGCUCCAGUUCUCAGUAAAGGCGGACAGCUGUGUGCAACACGAAUCCAUUCUCAACCGUCCAGGUCUAGGAAAUGUUGUUUUUAGAAGGAACAGAAUAUUGAGCCCUGAAGACAUCUCAGACAGCAAGAGGGAGUUGGGGUUGAAAAUGCCCAGUGAAUUGCUUCAGAGACAAGGAGGACCUGAGGCUGACGAAGAGGGAGCGGAAAACCACCAUGAAGAUGAUCUGCCUUGGGAUGAGGAUGAAGUGGAAUGGGAGGAAGAUGUGGUUGAUGCUACUCCCCUGGAAGUGUUCUUGCAGUCCCACUACCUGGAAGAAUUCCUUCCUAUUUUCAUGAGAGAGCAGAUUGAUCUGGAAGCUCUGCUGCUUUGCUCUGAUGAGGACCUUCAGAGCAUACAGAUGCAGCUGGGUCCCAGGAAGAAAGUCCUUAGUGCCAUAAACAGAAGGAAGCAGGUGCUACAACAGCCUGGGCAGUUGGUCGACACCAGCCUCUGAUGGAGUGUUGGGUCAACUGGGUGAGUCUGCAGCAGUGGCGUGAUGCUGUGGCCCACUGGAAACAUUUCAGGCAUUACCCACUCUCUACCCAGUACCAGACUACUGGGUUUCUAGGGUUUUGGAGGUGUCCAUCUAAGAGGCCCAAAUUCUACUCUGAGAAAUACUCUAUACCUGUCCACAUAAACCGCUAAUGAGAAACUCAAGGAGACCUGGGAAUAAGAAAAUGACAUUUCUCUUCAAUUAUCUUUUUGAUACUUUUGAAUACAGAAAGGAUUAAAUGGAUGACAGAGAAGGGAAAAAACUUUCUUCACUUUCCUAACUCUGGAUUUAAAAUUAUAAUCUCUCAUCACAUUAGCUGCUGCUUAAUUUCUGAUCCUCAUAGCUAGGGAUUCGAACUCCAGUUCUGUCCUUAGCUCUAUGACUUUACCUGUUGGUGGAGACUAAAGUUCCUCCAUUGGCCCGUGGUGUGAUGCCCAACUUAAAUGUGUCUAACCCUUCAACAGAUGUUUACAUGUUUACAAGUAAUAGAAAUGGGUCUAUAGUACUCCUGCCUGGGAACAGAGAGAGGAUGGCAGGUAGAGAGAGAGAAGAAAGAAACGGAAUGUAGGGUACCUGUAUGGACUGAAUUUGCUCCCUCCAAAAUUCUUAUGUUGAAACCGUAAUCCCUAAUGUGACUGUAUUUGAAGAUAUGACCUUUAUUAAAGAGCUGAUUAAGGUUAAAUGAGGUCAUAAAGGUGAGGCCCUAAUUCCAUAUGACCGUUGUCCUUUGAAGAGGUAGAGACACUGGAGAUGUGCACACACAGAAUAGGCUAUGUGAAGACACAGCAAGAAGGCAGCCAUCGGAAAGCCAAGGAGGAAAGCCUCAGGAGAAAUCAAACCUAUCACCUUGAUCUUGGACUUCCAGCCUCCAGAGCUAUAAGAAAAUAAAUUUCUGUUGUUUAAGCCA